CCACGCUUGGAGAAAGUAGGUUAGCAGGGUAGACUGAGAGGAAAGCAGGCGGAGAGUCACAGCAGCAGAGGGAGGGGGGGCUCAAGCACUGGGAGUCCUGCAAGCCAAGCUCAACCACCGUGGGACUUUUCUGUCAAAAAGUUCGCCGAAAUACAGCCGCUAGUGCGUCGAGACAAUAACAUGCAAGCCAAAGCGACUUUCUUUACUCUUACUUUUCCAACGCCGGACUUGGUCGAGCGAUAAGGGGGAAAGAGUUUCGGGUAGUUUUUUUCCUCCUCUGUUGUUGGCCGUGUUUACCGAAAGCUGUCUGCCACUGGAGCGAAGUUUAUAUUUAGAGAGCCAGUUCGCUCUGGCUCUGCUGUGUUGCUCUGACUAUUCUGACAUCCAUUUGAACCACAUGUAGUCGUGUUUUCGGCAUCCGCGCAAGAAAAACAAGACAUCAAAAUGAGAGCUCAGAUCGAGGUCAUCCCCUGUAAGAUCUGCGGGGACAAGUCCUCAGGAAUCCAUUAUGGAGUCAUCACUUGUGAAGGCUGCAAGGGUUUCUUCCGUCGCAGCCAGCAGAACAAUGCCAUGUACUCCUGUUCCCGUCAGAGGAAUUGCCUUAUCGACCGGACCAACCGUAACCGCUGUCAGCACUGCCGUUUACAGAAGUGUCUGGCUUUGGGCAUGAGCAGAGAUGCGGUGAAGUUUGGCCGUAUGUCAAAGAAGCAGCGGGACAGCCUGUACGCCGAGGUGCAGAAGCACCAGAAGUCCCAGGAGUGUGUGGGCUCCGGAGGCGGUGGCUCUGCCGGCCUGUCCUUACCCAGGGAAGACGGUGUGUGUGGGGGCAGCGGAGAGGAUGGUGAAGGGGGACUCAGCCGCUCCUGCAGUAGCGGGGGCUCCAGCUCCACCCUCAGUGACCUGGAUGACAUUGCAGCGCUGCCCGACCUGUUUGACCUGCCGCUGACCCCCGAGGAGGCGAGCGAGUACUGCAGCCUGGAGCUGCUGGGUGGAGGUGGCGGGGCCAGCACCGGAAACACCUCCAACUCCUCAUCUUCCUCUUCCUCUUCCUCCUCAUCCAAUCAGAACUCCCCCCAGCAGACGAUACUAGAUGUGGCAGACAACAGUGGGAUCCAGCUCAUGCAUACACACUCUCACACACAUCAACUGCUGGCACACACACAUGAAGCGCUGCUGGAUCAUCUGCCUGAUGACUACUCCCUAACAGAGCUUGAGCGCAUCACUCAAAGCAUCGUCAAGUCCCACUUAGAGACGUGUCAGUACAGCGCUGAGGACAUGAAGAGAUUCACCUGGGUGCAGUACUCACCCGAGGAAACACGUGCUUUUCAAAACAAGUCUGCUGAGUGGAUGUGGCAGCAGUGUGCACACCAUAUUACCAACGCCAUUCAAUAUGUGGUGGAGUUUGCCAAACGCAUCGCUGGCUUCAUGGACCUGUGCCAGAAUGAUCAGAUUAUUUUGCUGAAAGCAGGCUGUCUGGAGGUCCUGCUGAUCCGUAUGUGCCGAGCUUUCAACGCCAGCAACAGCACCAUUUUCUUUGAUGGAAAAUUUGCUUCUGCUCAGUUCUUCAAGGCACUUGGUUGCGAUGACCUGGUCAGUGCAGUGUUUGACCUGGGCAAAGGCCUUUGCCGUCUACAGCUGUCUGAUGAAGAGAUGGCUCUGUUCAGCGCUGCUGUCCUUCUGUCCCCUGAUCGACCAUGGCUGACAGAAGGCCAAAAGGUUCAGAAGCUUCAAGAAAAAGUCUACCUGGCUCUGCAGCACAGUUUACAUAUGAGUGGCACCUCAGAUGAGAAAUUAGACAAGAUGGUGUCCAAGCUGCCCAUGAUGAAGUCUAUCUGUAACCUCCACAUUGAUAAACUGGAGUUUUUCCGCUUGGUCCACCCAGAGACCGCGUACAGCUUCCCUCCACUGUACCGAGAAGUGUUUGGCAGUGAGAUGUCUCUGCCUGACUCCACCAACAGCUAGACAGACACACACAAAAACAGACAGAGAGAGAAGGAGAGAGAGUGAGAAAGUGUGUGAAGAGGUAGGGAAGCAAAAGGAGAGACAGAGGAGAAUAUACAAUAGAUGUUGAAGCUCAACAACCAGCAGUUUUAAGAGACAAUCCAGGACAUGUAAUACUCAGUCUCCCAUGAUCCCAAACUUGUCCUCCACUUUCCCAGCAGGCAAAGCACCUUACACUACAGACCACACAUGCUCAUGGUCCUCUACUUUUGUAGCAUUAACAACAAGCGGAUGGGCAUUAUAAUAACACAGUGUCCCACAUAGCAUGAGACGGCUCCAAGCUCUAAUACUCGUUCGAGAUCCGAUCCACUGUGGAUCACCCAACCAGUCAUGAAUGUACCUCAGUCAUAAGCACCAGUGCACAAGCCACAACCCAUCAGCGAAUGUACAAACCUGCCGCUUCGGGACAGAGUUCUACACACAGAACGAAGUCCUCUUGAUCAACAGGUCUCAACAUGAAAACGGCUUUCUGCCAAUAUGUUUUCUCUGUAUUGAUUUUCUGUACUGAUGCGUCAGAGUACGGUACACAUACAUAUUCAUACAGACAAUAUCCUUGUAUUGACCAUCUCUAAGGGACCAAGAUCAUCUGUCAUUUCCUAUCAUAAAAAAAGGAAAUGCACAGGUAUGAUAUGGCUCACAACCUAGGCAGGCCUUUUGGCUCAGUUAAAAAAAAUGGUCUCACACAUACGCACACACACAUAGUUAGACAGUGUUUGGUGCUGCCUUUUGUAGGCUCUUAUAAUGCAAUGAGAAACCUCAGUCCCACACACCCCUUCCCUUGUAAAUGCCACUUAGAGACAGGAAAAGAUGAAAUUAUCUUUAAUUUAUAUACACGUUUAUAAACAAAUAUUUUAAAUAAGAAUGUAAAUAAAUGACUAUAUAUAUAUUAGUAUAUAGAGAGGUGGAAUGUGUGAGUGCAGUUGAGAAAGAAAGGGAGAGAAAAGCAGAUGGCGAGAGGGAGAGCGAGAGCGAGAGGGGAAAAAGAUGGAUACUUCAGGAAAGCAGAUUUUUGGACUCAGUCCUUUUCUGGACUAUUUUCCUCUUGACCAUACUCAGGUUUCCACGGCAACAACCCCUCUUGCCCUCAUAGAAACCCAACCGGGUGACAUGCAGUUGUGAUGCAAGCAACGGGGUGGACACUUGUUGCAGACAUGACACGGCAGGGGAGGCACUCUACCCACACAAAGGCUAAAAAAAAAAAAACAAACAAUAAAAAAAACUGCCUUUAUCUCACUUUCAAACUGAAAGCAUUCACUCUCAAAGACUCGGUGCUGUCGCAGCCGCCCCUGCCAAAAGAGAUACGACGACAAAGAGGACACUAAGGAGAAGAGACAGCAAGGCAAAAGACGAUUUCAUGAACUCUACGUAACAAGAGACUUGGGGAUGCACAGUGUCUCCCCACUUGUUUCUAACCAGCAGUUAAUAGGUGUAGUAUACUCAUCUUUUAUUCAUAAUGUUUCCGCUGGUUUCAGGAUGGGCCGCGGACGGUCCAUAUGUAUCAUAAACCCUCCUUGCUGGUUGGAGCAACUGUAUUAUUUUUGUACAUUUGUUGUUCCUCUCUCCUUCAGUCCUGAACCUGACACCUGCCCAAAAUACCAAGCACUUAUUCUUUCCUCUUAUCUCACUGGGCACUAGUUUAAGGCCAGACAGAGCUCCCAGCUGUCACCCUGAGUCAGGCCUCAGUGCCAGUAAGACGUAAACACUUUAUUCUCAAGUUAUUUAUUUUUGUUGUAUGCUUUCUACAAGUUUGCCCAUACCUCUCUGUUUUUCAUAUACAAACAUAACACAUUUUCUACAGGAUGAUAUUAGCAUUGAUACAAUAAUGUCUUACUUACUGUAAGUCCCAGAGCAGAUUUUGGGAAACUGCCUGCCGCUCAGGGAGACAGUUGUAAUCUCUGUCAGUGACCCUUUAGUACCAGUGUCGUCUUCUAGCCUUGUACUCCUCACACCUUUGCACCUAAGAUGAGACCCAUAACCAUAAUCACUGUGGACGUAAGUUCUAUUUUUGUGAAUGUUACUCACAAAGUGUCAAAACCCUCGCCCCUCCUCGUCCUAAUAUUGUAACAUGAAAUUUAUGAGAAAUAGGAGUUUUAAAAAAAAAAAAUCAUUUAAAUAGAGAGAAAGAUGAAUUUCAAUAUUGGAGUUUAAUGUUUCUUUUGCUGUGAGUUUCAUUUAUCUGUCAGUCUUUUAUCCACUUUUAUUUUCUUUUUGUGUCUCCACCUUUUGUCUUGUAAAGUAAGUGAUCUAUUUUUUUUAUUCAAGCAAGAUUAGGAAAAUUCCAAACAAAAAAAAAGCAAAAAAAAAAAAAAAAAGUUUGUUUCCCUUCUCUUUCCCUGUAUGACAAAAUGUACAAGAGGUAUAUUACUAGUCCAAGAGUAAUUGAGUCACACAGCUCGAUAUAUAUUGUUGUCCAAUGGGAUACAUUAUAUGUGGUUUUAAGAAUGUAAUAAAAUUAUUUCAUUUUCUUUUGAAA